CAGACGAACACGAAAACAGACUUACCCAGAACCAACUACUGAGCUAAAUGCCGUCGGAGACAUCGCCAUUGCUGCCAACGAGCAACGCGCAGCCUGUGCGCCCGCGGACACGCAUUUUUACCCGCAAGAACGUGUUUAUUCUUGCUCUUGCUAUUACAGCUACGCUGCUUUUCUUUUUGCCUCAUUCAAAAAGUCAGAAUCCUACUCCAGCCCCGGAUACGAAGCCAAGAAAUGUGAUUAUGAUGGUUUCCGAUGGAAUGGGACCGGCGUCGCUGGCGCUUGUUCGCGGUUUGCAAAAAUACCGCACACAUGAUGAAUCACUCACGCUGAACUUGGACAAGCAUUUGCUUGGUUCGUCGCGUACACGUUCUUCAUCCAGUUUGAUCACCGACAGUGCUGCUGGAGCCACGGCCUUUUCCUGUGCGACGAAGUCGUACAAUGGAGCCAUUGCCGUAACAGACGAUCAUAACGCGUGUGGUACUGUUUUGGAGGCAGCAAAGGAUGCUGGUUACAUGACCGGAAUCGUUGUUACAAGUCGUCUGACGGAUGCUACUCCGGCUUCAUUCUCAGCACAUGCAUCGCACCGUUCUAUGCAGGAUCUGAUUGCCGAGUAUCAGGUCGGUAUGGGACCUUUGGGUCGCUCAGUAGAUUUGUUCUUUGGCGGCGGUUUGUGCUCUUUCUUGCCAAACACAUCGCUCUCUUCUUGUCGUUCUGAUGACAAAGAUUUAAUUGAUUAUGCUGCAAACGAGCAGAACUUCACCGUUCUCCUUGACCGCUCUUCAUUCGACGAGGUCAGCACAAACCAACUUCCUAUUCUCGGUAUCUUCUCUGACUAUCAUUUAAACUUCAACGUUGAUCGUGACAACACUCAGCAGCCUGCUCUCUCGGAGAUGGUAGCCAAGGCCUUGGACAUUUUGACUGAAGCUACAAAGGACUCUGAAAAGGGCUUUUUUCUCCUUGUCGAGGGAAGUCGCAUUGAUAUGGCCGCCCACAAUAACGAUCCCGUUGGCCAUGUUUACGACGUAAUUGAGUAUGACCGCACGUUUGGUGACAUUGUCGACUAUGCUAAGUCACAUCAAACUGUGGUCGUUUCAACAUCCGACCAUGAGACGGGUGGACUUACUGUGGGUCGCCAGCUGACAGAUGACUAUCCGGUGUACCGUUGGUUUCCUGAAUACCUUGCCGAAGGCACACACUCUGUGGAAUAUCUCGCUCGUGCACUUUAUGCCACUGAGCUUAGCAACGAUCGUCUUCCCAAAUAUGUGCGUGAGACCAUUUUGCCCGGUUUGGGCGUUGUGAGCCCUAACGAAGAAGAGGUGCUUUCCGUUAUGGAAGCUGGUAAGGAUUUGAACAAGCUUAUUCUUGCUCUCUCCAACGUUAUUAGUCGUCGUGCUGAAAUCGGCUGGUCUACCCAUGGACACACCGCUGUUGACGUGAAUAUUUAUGGUUAUGGCCCUCAUGUCAAGCGUCUUCGUGGUAACCACGAGAAUACCGAGGUUGGCGCGCUUUUGCAAGCUGCUUUGGGUGUUAGUCUCGAUGCAGUGACGGCUCGUUUGUCGAAUGCUACAGUAGUUGGAAACCAAUUGCUCCUUAGUGAAGACCUUCGGGCUUUCGAAGAAACGGAUUCCUAUCUUGGCUGCCACCAGGAUCUUUAAUCGGUCAAUCUGAAUUAGAAGGAAAUGGCCGUUGAUACUUAGACGUAAGGAUGAAGCGCUACCAUACCAUUUAAUUCUAAACUAAUUUUCUGAGCGGCGUAUUACUUGCAGUGUACAGCUCAUAUUAAAGCACCUGCGCGUAAAUGUUCGUCGUUGCUAUACACAAUCUUUCUUCUGUUUUCGUUUUACUUUCGUCUCUUAAUUUAACCCUGUUCAUACUACUUGUAAACCCGGUUCGUCUCAUCGACUUUGAAUAGUAUGCUACUAUCUUGCUAAGGAAUGUAUUUCCCCCUAGUUGCAUAACAGCUUAAAUUCCAAAAAUGGUCCUUUGUUAGAUAAUAGUAAUUUCUAUCACGUCCAUUACAUCGUAUUCCGAGCUUUUAGGAGCAACAAUUAG